UUUGCUACAUUACAGGGAGUGUAACACUGAAGCUGCUACAUCGGGGAGACAACAUGUGGCGAGUCGCUGUCUCCCUGCUCCUGGUUGGUUACUUCCAGCGGGGUCUGUCGCAGCAGGUGGAGUGUAGACAGAACUUCAAGCUGACUAGCGUGUGCGCCUGCCCUGGUGCCUGCCUGGGCCCUCCGGUCACCUGCACCAUGAAAGACGCCUGCAGCUGCGAGAUGAGUGACGGGACAGGUGACGUCAACCUGCACCCGCUGGACAACCCCUGGGCGCCGCUCAGGUCCAGUCACCUGGGGCCGGAGCUUGGCCGCAACUUCACCUACUACUACAACCCCUGCUCCGGAAUAUACUUCGCCAACACGCCUUGCAGGAAUGUAUCCAGCUGCCAGGUUGACACAGAAGCUUCGCCCCAGAUAUUCUACCCCCUGGGUCACGUGGCCCCGGCGUCUGAACUUGCGAAGGACGAGCUAGGGAACUUGGUCCUCAAGUACACAGGUGGAGCCGAUGGCCGCCAGUUUGACGUUACCCUGAUCUGCGAUGAACAGCAGCAUGUCCCAGAAUUCACCGCGCUGGGGGAGGUCACGGAGCACUACUACAAGAUGACCCUGAGGACCCAUUGCGCAUGCCCAGGACUGUGCAAAGAUGACCCAAUAGCACGCAAAACUCGCUAUCUGAAAUGGAAGUCCUUCCACCCUGACUAAAAUGUGUUUUCUUUUCCAAUGCUACAAAAAAAGGAAGAUCGAGCUUCACAGACGUCAAAAAAGUAUGAAAUAUUUGCUGCUGUUAGAGAGAGCCGCGCAAAGCAUUUCGAUAACGUUUUCUCUGGUUACUAUUCAGCCACAUGUUUUUACUACAAAGCUUGUGCACUUCUAUUAAGAUACCAUGUUUGAUGUUGUCUGCCAAUAUAAGGUACCAAGAUGUGCGACUUUUUGAUAAGCGACAUGAUUUUGCAGUCCAGAGAGAGAGAGUUAGAUGCGGAUCGACUCUGACACUUUUUCUGGCAUGAAAUUGGCGACAUGUAUUGUCAUAUAGACCAGGUGUUUUU